AAUCCAGACUAAAUUAUGCUGCUGGGUGGUAGAUCAGCACUGUUGCUGCAAGCUUUCUGUGGGAAACAAAUAGAGCUGAGGUGAAGCAAUAGUAGCAUUCAGUGAAGACAUGCAGUGGCAGUACAAGGGGAAAUUGUUUCAAACUAUAAGAUGGAGAUGUAUAGUAGACAUAAGGAAAAAUUUUCUUACAGUGUGGGUAGUGAGGCACCGUAACAGGUCACCCAGAGAUAUGGUGGCUGCCCCAUCCCUGGAGACAUUCAGGGUCAGGUGGAGAGGGCGCUGAGCACCUGAUCCAGCUAUAGGUGUCCCUGGUUGUUGCAGGGCAGUUGGACGAGAUGGCCUUUCAAGGUCCCUUCCAACUCAAAUGAUUCUAUGAACUUUCACUGAGUGAUAGGAAUCUAUUAGUAAACGUAACUGAGAAAAGUGUAAGUAAUAAUUCAGUAGUGUCUGGUAGGCUGUUGUAAUCUGUGGAUCCAUACAGUAUCAUCGUAGCUAAUACUGGUUUGCAGUUAUUCUUUAUUCCUGUGCAAAUAUAUCACUAUCAAAUACCAUAAUGCUGUGAAUUACAUACUUUUAACUAAUUAUAUUUUAUAUUGAUGCAAGUUAGUUGGUGACAUUAUCUUCCAAUCACUAGUUAAACACGUUUAGUCUUGAGUAGGUUAGGGAAACAGUUAUCCUGCUAACCUAUAGAACUACUUUAGAAGUGAUCAUGCUUGAACUAUGUCUGAGAACUGCAUCCGUAUGUCAGGAGGGACAAAACUCUUCAUGGACAGGGGCAACUGGUCCGAGGAGAUAAGCCAUAAAGAAAGAUGCCUUAGGGAUGUAAGUAGACAAACACAUGGCUGUGUUUUCUAACUUCGCUGUGCUCCAGGUUUGUGGCCUACUACAGGCAUCAGUGGAGCAAGCACAGCGAAGCUCCUUAGCUGCGUUCUGACAGACCAGCGAUGAUGACACGUCCAGCUUUGGGCUCAAGCGCAGCGCUCCGCGGAAGACGGGACGGAGCUUACAGGGAACGCGCGCAGCUCCCUUAAGUUUCCCGCCCCACACUCUCUACAGCGGGCGGGAGGGCGAGCACAACGCCUGUCGCGCAUGCGCACAAGACGUUAGCGCGGCACCGCACAUGCGCACUUAUGCUUCUUUCCCCUCCCGUUUAGGCUACCGGGAGCUGCCGGCCCCCCCGGGCCGCGGGUGGAGCGAGGGAACGCCGCCAACAUGGCAACAGCCCCGGCGGCCGCUGCCCCUCCGGCGCUGCGCAGCUUGCCCCCUGUUCCUUCUACAUCAAAAUCAAGAAUGGGAUUUUCAGAACUUUCCGUCAGGGAGCGUAUGAGAGAGAAACUGAAAGCAGCAAGGUCAAAAGGAGAAGCUACUUUAUCUCAAGAAGACCCGGGUCCGCGGCCAAGGCAUUUAAAAAGCAUCAGAGAAAGGAAAGCAGAACUCAGACUGGAUGAAGGGUCUGGUGGUGAUAAACUUGGAGAGAUGCAAAAGGAUGAGUCUCACUUAUCAUCAAAAAUAAAGUUUUCUGAUUCUGUGAAAAAGUUCAAGCAAAAGUCACCAGUCCAGAAUGAUUAUCCUUCUGCUGAAGAAGCGUAUAAUUUCUUUACUUUCAAUUUUGAUCCUGAACCAGAGAGUAUAAAGGCUGGAGCGUGGAAAGGGAGUCAAUUAAAUGAAGAAGAGGCAGAAGAAUAUGUAGAAACCCAUGAGGAAGAACAAGAGGAGGAUGAAACGGAUGAAGAUGCACACCUAGUUAAAGAUGCUGAUUUGUUCAUUAUGGGACAGACAGAUGAAGACUUUCUAAUAAUGAAGCCUGCUGAGUGUGAAAGAUACUCUGCACAACUGCAAAAAGAAAAAGAAUUUCUGUUCAUUCCCAGCAUGCAAACAGUGCCUACUUCUCAGAAGAUGCCUGAAAACAUGCAGCCUAGGUACCUUGAGGAUGAGGGUCUUUACGCAGAGGAAAGACCCUUCGUAUCACCAUCUAAUCAAAAUAUUUUAGAAAACAGAAUUCUAAGACAGGAGCAAGGGAAAGAGUGGUUUGGUGAUGAUGGCAGAAUCUUAGCAUUGCCUAAUCCAAUUAAACAAUCUCCUACUAGGCCUCCAAUAUUCUCACUGGAAGAAGGCAUUGCACCAGAACUUGAAACAGUCUAUAGAAAGGCAAUAAAAACAACAGCUGCCAAUCAGUAUCUUGUCGGACCUGGAGAUUUUCAGGGGCCGUUUCAACUGGAUAUUGAUAUUUCUGGACUAAUAUUCACACAUCAUCCCUGUUUUAGCCGUGAGCAUGUGUUAGCAGCUAAACUGGCUCAGUUAUAUGAUCAGUAUUUAGCCAGAAAACAGAAGAAUCUUACUGAACUUCUCACAGACAAGCUGCGUGCUUUGAGGAAUGCUGUGCAAUGUAGCACGCACAGUGCUGGUGCUCCUGGUCCUACAGCACAACAGAGCAUACCUGAAUACAAAAUUGAAAUCAGGCAAACCAGAAGGUUUCGUGAUGCUGAACAAGAAAAAGAUAGAAUGCUGCUUAAAAGUAUUAUAAAAGUUUGGAAACAAAUGAAGUCCCUCCGUGAAUUUCAGAAGUUCACUAACACACCCAUGAAGCUUUAUUUGAGGAAGGAAGAAGUUGAUCAGAGGUCAGAUGAAAAAGCAUAUGAAGCAGAAAUUCAGGCUGAGAUAAGUGAAUUACAAGAAGAAUAUAUGGAAGAAUAUGAGAAGAAAAUGGAGGAGUAUAAAACUGAGCUGCAGGAGUGGAAAUCCUGGAAGAAGGCACAGAAGUCCAAAAAGAAAAGGAAGAAAGAGCUUCAAGAAGAAGAAUCGAUAGAAGAUUGUGAUCUUGGUGAGGAACCUGUAAAACCCAUCCCACCGAAAAUGGUUGAUAGCCUGGAAAUAGAGCAGCAGGUCAGAGAAAAAGCUAACAACUUCAGAAGGAAGCCUGGAGAGCCUGCUUUAAUCCCUGAACUAGUCUUGUCAGGAAGCAUAACUCCAAGUGAACAGUGUCCUCGAGCAGAGGUUUUGCGACGAGACGAUGUGAACAAACGCUCAGCAUUUAUUAAAGUCUUUUUCAACUCCAAAGAAGUAUCAAGGACUGUUACUCGACCACUGAGUUCAGAUUUCAGAGUUCACUUUGGACAGAUUUUCAAUUUACAAAUAUUCAACUGGCCAGAGAGUUUAAAGCUACAGAUCUAUGAAACAGCGGGUAUGAGCAGCACCACCUUGUUGGCUGAAGUUUUCCUACCUGUUCCUGAGACAACAGUUCUGACAGGCAGCGCUCCCGUGGAAGAGAUAGAGUUCAGCAGCAAUCAGCGUGUGAUUCUGGACCAUGAAGGAGUUGGGAGUGAUGUGUCCUUUUCCUUUGAAGCUGAUGGCAGCAAUCAAAUGACUUUAAUGACUUCUGGGAAAGUAUCUAGUAGUGUCUCUUGGGCCGUUGGAGAAAAAGGAAUCCCCCUAAUUCCUCCAGUAUCUCAGCAAAACACAGGACUUGCAAGUGCUUUAAAAAAUAUCGAUGCCAUUGCGUCCAUUGGCACAUCAGGCUUAACUGACAUGAAGAAACUGGCUAAGUGGGCAGCAGAGACAAAACUUGAUCCGAAUGACCCCAACAAUGCAGCUCUGAUGCAGAUGAUUAUGGUUGCCACUAGUGGAGAGGCACACGUUCCUGACUUCUUCAGACUGGAACAGUUGCAGCAAGAAUUUAAUUUUGUUUCAGAUGAAGAAUUUAAUAGAUCAAAAAGGUUCCGACUCUUGCAGCUCAGAAACGAGGAGGUGGCAGAGUUCCGAAACUAUAAGCAAGUCCCUUUACAUGAACGAGAAAUCAGUGAGAAACUUUUCCAGGACUAUGAGAAAAGACUACAUGAGAGGGAUGUGAUUGACAGUAAGCAUUACCUAGAUGCACGCAGAGCUGUUGUUGCCAGCUACCUACAAAAGGUUCGAGAGUCGGUAAUUAACCGCUUCCUCAUAGCAAAACACCAUUUCCUUCUCUCUGAUCUGGUCAAUGAGGAGGAGAUUCCUACUCUGGGGAUUUUGGGACUUGGCCUCUUUAAACUGGCAGAGCCAAAACGGCCGUUAAAGCCAAGAAGAAAGGAGAGGAAGAAGGUCACAGCACAGAAUUUAUCAGAUGGAGACAUUAAGCUGUUAGUGAACAUCAUUAGAGCUUAUGAUAUUCCAGUGAGAAAACCGCUCACGAGCAAACUUCAACAACCAUCCAAAUCUUCAAGAUCCUUCAAUGAGAUGUUUGCAGCCUCUCCAUCUGCUCAGAGCCCAACCAACAAUGUAGAUUGGGCAUUCGACCAGGUUUUAGUCCGUCCAUUUGUAGAAGUUUCCUUUCAGCGAACAGUCUGUCGGACAACAACAGCAGAAGGCCCAAACCCCAACUGGAACGAGGAACUUGAAUUUCCAUUUAGAGCUCCUAAUGGUGACUACAGCACCCAUAGUUUGCAGUCAGUGAAGGAUGAAGUGUUCAUUAAUGUUUUUGAUGAAGUACUUCAUGAUGUUACAGAGGAUGAUCGUGACAGAGGGAGUGGUAUCCACACUCGUGUUGAGAGGCACUGGCUGGGCUGUGUUAAGAUUCCCUUUACCACAAUAUAUUUUCAGGCUAGGAUUGAUGGUACGUUCAAGGUGAAUAUUCCUCCAGUUCUCCUUGGCUACAGCAGAGAGAAGAACCUGGGCAUCGAGAGAGGGUAUGAGUCUGUGCGAAAUCUGAGUGAGGGCUCCUAUAUAACACUGUUCAUUACCAUUGAACCACAGCUCAUUCCUGGGGAGUCCGUCAGAGAAAAGUUUGAUACCCAAGAAGAUGAGAAAUUGCUCCAAGCAGCAGAGAAAUAUGAAGUUGAAUGUACGUCAAAGUUUCCAAACCGUCAGUGCCUAACAACUGUAAUUGACCUCAACGGGAAAACAGUUUUCAUUACCAGAUACAUCAAACCUCUUAAUCCGCCCCAGGAGCUCCUUGAUGCCCUCCCAAAUAGCUCUCAGACAACGGCAGAAUUGGUGGCUCGAUACGUUGCUUUGAUUCCUUUUUUGCCAGAUAGCGUGUCAUUUGCUGGAAUUUGUGAUCUGUGGUGUACAUCAGAUCAAUUUCUCGAUCUUUUGGCGGGAGAUGAGGAAGAACAUGCUGUGCUCCUGUGUAAUUAUUUUCUUGGUAUGGGGAAGAAAGCCUGGCUUAUCAUUGGAAAUGCUAUUCCUGAGGGAAAAACGGUGUACGUAUUAACUUUGGAGCAAAGUCAAUAUGUGAUUUGGAAUCCCAGCACUGGCUGCUUUUACAGGCACUAUGAUACUUUCUGCCCGUUGCAAAGCGUGUACUGUCUGAUCAGCUGCGAUAACAUUUGGUUUAAUAUCCAACAGUGGGACUCUCCAGUAAGGAUAAGUUUUGAUAUCAGCAAACCAAAACUCUGGAAGCCUUUCUUUUCAAGAAGCUUACCGUACCCUGGUCUCUGCAGUGUUCAGCCUGAAGAAUUAGUGUAUCAGCAUUCGGACAAGGCUGCUGCGCUGGAGUUACAGGGCAGGAUUGAAAAAAUACUAAAAGAGAAGAUUAUGGAAUGGAGACCAAGGCACUUAACUCGCUGGAACAGAUACUGUACCUCUACCCUACGUAACUUCCUGCCUCUGCUGGAACAAAACCAAGGCAAAGAUGUAGAAGAUGACCACCAGGCAGAGCUGCAAAAGCAGCUUGGAGAUUACAGGGUAUCUGGAUUUCCUAUUCAUAUGCCAUUUUCUGAAGUCAGACCUUUAAUAGAAGCUGUACACAGUACUGGAGUUCAUACCAUUGAUGUUUCCAAUGUUGAAUUUGCCUUAGCUGUGUAUGUCCAUCCUUAUCCGCAAAAUGUACUCUCCACCUGGAUUUACAUUGCUUCACUUGUACGGAAUCGGUAGUACGGACCAGUCAGACUACAGGUAGUCUGAUGGAGAACUCUGCUGAUGGAGGGGGAAAUAACAGAUUUCUCACGCUGCUGAUUUGAGCUAUCCCAGGUAGCUUGAAAGUCUAGCAAGAACCUGGUUUUUCAGAAUCUGCAAAUGCAUUUAGCUUUAUUCAGUUUAAAACCAUAGAAGAUAACUUACCGACCUCAACUAACAGUUCUGGAAUUUCAAGUAAGUUGUCAGUUUCCUCUUUGUUUCUGUACAGUAGUUUAUAACUCCCAGUAGGACUUGCCACGCUUAAAAGCAUUAAAAAUGCACAUACUCAGUGAACUCACUGGUUACAAUGGUAGAGCUUGUCCUUCUUAUUUUGAGGUGAAACUUGGUUCCUGGAAUUAUACCUUGCAGACUGACUCUAGUUAGUCAGCUGUGUUCAUCAGCAGCCCUUCUUCCAGGUUAAAGAGGCUGUCUUUCAGGUAUGACAUAAAUUGUUGCGGUUUUUCGUUACCUGAGUUCCUGUACAAAAACCAGGAUCUCUUUAUUCUCAAAUGUCAUGCAUCAGAACAGUAAUCACUGAAGACCAUACUUUCUUUUUAAAAAACGUUUCUGCUACUUCUUGUCUGUGUAACAGCAGGAGCAUUCAGAUAUUUUCUUUAAAUGUUUUGAAAUAAAUAUUUAUACCAAAAACUAAAA